UCUCACUCGACGAGACCUCCUGAUUGAGUGGCAUCGAGAGAGUUUAACAUCGACACAAUGACAUCGUCAAGUAAUCCCUCGGUCUUUCUGUACGGACCAGGCGAAGCUCGCAUUGAAGACACUCCUGAACCCACCAUCACCGAACCGACAGAUGCGAUUGUGAGGAUCAAGUAUGUAGGCGUCUGUGGAAGUGAUGUCCAUUUCUGGAACCACGGAGGCAUCAACGGUAAAUAUGUCUCCGAGACGCUCCCACUGGUCAUGGGCCACGAAGCGUCCGGCACCAUCCACGCCGUCGGGCAGGCAGUCACACACGUCAAGCCGGGGGACAACGUGGCCAUCGAGCCGGGCCGGCCAUGCCGCGCGUGCCCCCGAUGCAAAGAGGGUGUCUACAACCUGUGCCCGUCGAUGAAGUUCGCCGCCUGUCCGCCCGACACCCCCGGCUGCCUGACCAAGUACUACAAGAUCCCGGCCGACUUUUGCUACAGGCUCCCCGCGACCGUGGGCCUGCAGGAAGGGGUACUCGCGGAACCUCUCGCCGUGGCCGCCCACGCGGUGCGCAUGGUCGACGUCAAGCCGGGCCAGAGCGUGGUGGUCUUCGGGUCCGGGACCAUCGGGUUGGUCUGUGGCGCCGUGGCGAGGACGUUCGGGGCGAAAAAGCUCGUCCUCGUCGACAUCCUCGACCACAAACUCGAGUUUGCACGACGCUUCUUCGACGAGUCGGUCACGACGUUCAAGCCGGACACGAACGCAUCAGCGGAACAAAAUGCGGCCCGCAUCGUCGAAGAAAACGAUUUGGGACUGGGCGCCGACGCCGUCAUCGAAGCAUCGGGCGCGGAGAGUUCCAUCAACACCGCCAUCCACGUCCUUCGCCCGGGAGGAUCCUUCGUGCAGACGGGUCUCGGUAAGCCCGUCAUCAACUUCCCCAUCGUGACCAUGAGCGAAAAGGAGUUGCACAUGCACGGCGCCUUCAGGUACAACACUGGAGACUUCCGCGUGGCCACGGACGUGCUUGAGAGCGGUGCAUUCCCGCUCAAGAGCCUCAUCACGAAAAUUUUCGACUUUGAACAAACGACCGACGCGUGGGAAGAAACCAAACACGGACGGGGUAUCAAGAAUAUGAUUCGAGGCUACGGACUCAAGGAUCCUACCAGAACUGCACACUUGUAG